ACGUCCAGAAACACCAUUCCCAUUAAGAAACCAAAGCCUAUCUGUGAUGCCAAAAAGGGGAACACCUAAAUAUGUGGAGUAUAUGUUUCGAAAUCCACCACGUUCCCCACCUUACUGGACAAAAUACACAAAUAAAUGCUGCCUUAAGGAUUGGGCCGAGCCAACAUGUUACGAAGUAGAUGUAGACAAAAAGACAUUCGGUUGCAUCGAAAAUGCAUUCUUGAAAACAAUGGGUGGAAAAAAUUGUAAGAUAGAGAAGAUUUGUAGAUUGGAGAAUGCCAAUCUGUAUUUUCAAUAUGCACACGAGCGCGUUCGUCAAUUUCGGAAGGUACACAUGGAAGGAAUAUUUACACCAUUGGAACGAUUGUUAGACUCAAAUCUUGUCUUGAUGCAAGCGUUGGGAUUUUUGAAAGAUGAUCUACAUUCAGAAGUAAACGAAUACUAUUUCUUUCACGGUACAGCAACUGACUGCUUGGAAAAUAUAAAGAUUCAAGGACUAGUUCCAAAGCUUCCAAAAGCACACGGUGGUCUCCUUGGUAAUGGAAUCUAUGGUGCUGAAAUGGCUUCAAAAUCUGAUGGAUAUACAGGAACAAAUGAUAAUGUAAGAGCCAUGCUGCUGCUGAGAAUGUGUUUAGGGGACGUAUUCAUUACCAGAUCACAGGGCAAAUUCUUCAGACCUCCAUGUAGGAAAUGCAACGAUCUGUUCUGUAAGAAACACCAGGAACUCUACGAUAGUGUUGUAGCCGAAACAGGCGGAUACUUCAGAGACAGGGAGUUUGUCGUUUAUGAGAAAAAUCAAGUUUAUCCAGAAUACCUUAUCUUGUAUAAAUAAGCCAUCAGUAUUUUGCAUGUAUCUGGCAUUCCAA